CCUGUGGCCGCCGGGAGAAGCCCAGCGCUGGGACAAGGGAGGCGAGACGGCGGCGGCGGAGGCGGCGGGUUGUGCCCGGCCCCCCUCCUCCGCGCCUCCAGCCCCGGGCGACUGCGGACUCUGGGCAGCCCCCGGGCGGCGGCCGAGGCGGCCAGGCUGACGGCCAGGGAUGGCCAGAUAGCGGCGCGGGAGCGGCCCGACUGACUGCAUUUCACGAAUGAUUUCCUUACGUUUGAAGAGACCAUCCUGGAUGGGGGACAGUAGGAGAAUGAGGACGACUUCCGAUUUCCAAUGGCUCUUAUUAAUGUUUCUUCUUAUGUAUUUAAUGAGUCAAGUAAACAGCCAGAAAAAAAGGACUCCUCGUGAUCUGAAGUGUGUAACAAACAACUUACAAGUGUGGGACUGUUCUUGGAGAGCGCCCUCUGGAGCAGGCCGUGCUGCUGCUUAUGAAGCUUGCAUUGAAAACGGGUCUCAUUCUUGUUAUCGAUUGGAGAAAAAUUUUAAAAUCCCAGCUCUUUUACCUGGUGAUCAUGAAAUCACAAUAAACCCUUCACAUGACUUUGGAAGUUUUAUAAGUAAAUUUACGCUAAAUGAAAAAAACGUUUCCUUAAUUCCAGGCACUCCAGAGAUCUUGAACUUGUCUGCUGAUUUCUCAACUUCCACAUUACACCUCAAGUGGAAUGACAAGGGUUCUGUUUUUCCACGUCACUCAAAUGUCAUCUGGGAAAUUAAAGUUCUGCGUAAAGAGAAUAUGGAAAUCGUAAAAUCAGUGACCCACAACACCACUCUGAACGGCAGAGAUACAGUUCAUCACUGGAGCUGGACCUCAGACAUGCCCUUAGAGUGUGCCACUCACUACGUGGGAAUUAGAUGCUACAUUGAUGAUCCUCUCUUCUCUGGUCGCAAAGAGUGGAGUGACUGGAGCCCACUGAAGAAUAUCUCUUGGUUUCCUGAUUCUCAGACUAAAGUUUUUCCUCAAGAUAAAGUGGUACUUGUAGGCUCAGAUAUAACAGUUUGUUGUGUGACUCAAGAAAAAGUGUUAUCGGCACAGAUUGGCAGAACAAAUUGUCCCCUUAUCCAUCUUGAUGGGAAAAAUGUUGCAAUCAAGAUCCGUAAUAUUUCUGCUUCUGAAAGUAGUGGAACAAAUGUGGUUUUCUCAGUAGAAGAUAACAUGUUUGGAACAGUUAUUUUUGCAGGAUAUCCACCUGAUAUUCCUCAAAAACUGAACUGUGAGACGUAUGAUUUAAAAGAGAUUAUAUGCACUUGGAAUCCAGGAAGACCAACAUCCUUGGUGGGCCCACGCAAUACAAGUUACACUUUAUUUGAAAGUUUUUCAGGAAAAUAUGUUAGAUUUAAAAGAGUUGAAGUGCCCACAAAUGAAAGCUAUCAGUUAUUCUUUCAAAUGCUUCCAAACCAAGAAAUAUACAAUUUUACGCUGAAUGCUCAUAAUCCUCUGGGUCAAUCAGAAUCAACACUUUUAGUUAACAUAACUGAAAAAGUUCAUCCCCAUAUUCCCACUUCAAUCAAAGUGAAGGAUAUUAAUUCAACAGCUGUUACUCUUUCCUGGCAUUUACCAGGCAACUUUGCAAAGAUUAAACUGUUAUGUCAAAUUGAAGUUAGUAAAACUAACUUAGCACGUGAAUUGCGGACUGUCACAGUGAAAGGAAUAGAAAAUUCAAAUUAUCUUGCUGUUGUGGACAAGUUAAAUCCAUAUACCCUUUAUACUUUUCGCAUUCGUUGUUGCACUGAGCCUUUCUGGAAAUGGAGCAAAUGGAGCAAUGAAAAACAGUAUCUAACCACAGAAGCCAUUCCUUCAAAAGGACCAGAUACUUGGAGAGAGUGGAGUUCUGAUGGAAAAAAUUUAAUAAUAUAUUGGAAGCCUUUACCCGUUAAUGAAGCUAAUGGAAAAAUACUUUCCUAUAAUGUAUCAUGCUCCUCAGAUGAGGAAACACAGUCCCUUUCUGAGAUUCCUGAUCCUCAGCACAAGGCAGAAAUACAACUUGAUAAAAAUGACUACAUCAUCAGUGUUGUGGCAAAAAAUUCUGUUGGCUCCUCACCACCUUCUAAAAUAGCUAGUAUGGAAAUUCCAAAUGCUGAUCUCAAAGUAGAGCAGGCUGUUGGAAUGGGAAAUGGGAUUCUCCUCACUUGGAAUUACAACCCCAACAUGACUUGCGACUACGUAAUUAAAUGGUGUAACUCAUCUCGGUCUGAACCCUGCCUCAUGGACUGGAAAAAAGUCCCUUCAAACAGCACUGAAACUGUAAUAGAAUCUGAUCAGUUUCGACCAGGCAUAAGAUAUAAUUUUUUCCUGUAUGGAUGCAGAAAUCAAGGAUAUCAAUUACUGCGUUCUAUAAUUGGAUAUAUAGAAGAAUUGGCUCCAACUGUUGCACCAAAUUUUACUGUUGAGGAUACAUCUGCAGAUUCAAUUUUAGUGAAAUGGGAAGAUAUUCCUGUGGAAGAGCUUAGAGGCUUUUUAAGAGGAUAUUUAUUUUACUUUGAAAAAGGAGAGAGAGAUACAUUUAAGAUGGAGGGUUUGGAAUCAGGUCGUUCUGACGUAAAGGUUAAGAAUAUUACUGACAUAUCCCAGAAGACACUGAGAAUUGCUGACCUUCAGGGUAAAACCAGUUACCAUCUAGUCUUACGAGCCUAUACAGACGGAGGAAUGGGCCCAGAGAAGAGCAUGUUUGUUGUGACAAAGGAAAAUUCUGUGGGAUUAAUUAUUGCCAUUCUCAUCCCAGUGGCAGUGGCAGUCAUUGUUGGAGUGGUAACAAGUAUCCUUUGCUAUCGGAAACGAGAAUGGAUUAAAGAAACCUUCUACCCUGAUAUUCCAAAUCCAGAAAAUUGUAAAGCUCUUCAGUUUCAAAAGAGUGUCUGUGAGGGAAACAGUGCUCUUAAAACAUUGGAAAUGAAUCCUUGUACCCCAAAUAAUGUUGAGGUUCUGGAAACUCGAUCAGCAGUUCCUAAAAUAGAAGAUACAGAAAUAAUCUCUCCAGUAGCUGAGCGUCCGGAAGAGAGCUCUGAUGCAGAACCCGAAAACCAUGUGGUUGUGUCCUAUUGUCCACCGGUCAUUGAGGAAGAGAUAGGGAACCCAGGAGUGGAUGAAGCCGGCGGGGCCUCACAGGUCAUUUACAUCGACGUCCAGUCCAUGUACCAGCCUCAGGCAAAACCAGAGGAAGAACCAGAAAAUGACCCUGUGGUGGGGGCAGGCUAUAAGCCUCAGAUGCACCUCCCCAUUACCUCUACUGUAGAAGAUCUGGCUGCAGAUGAUGACUUAGACAAAAUUGCAGCUUACAGACCUCAGGCAAAUGUAAAUACUUGGAACUUAGUAUCUCCAGACUCACCUAGGUCCACAGACAGCAACAGUGAAAUUGUCUCUUUUGGAAGCCCCUGCUCCAUUAACUCCCGACAAUUUUUGAUUCCUCCUAAAGAUGAAGAUUCUCCUAAAUCCAGUGGAGGAGGGUGGUCCUUUACAAACUUUUUUCAGAACAAACCAAAUGAUUAACAACAGUGUCCCCCGACACUCCAGUCUGCCAUCUCAAUAAGCUCCUGUUGCCAGUGCUGCCGCAGCAGCACUGGGUGUCUUGGAGGGAUCCUGUGAAGCAUGGUUAGUGAGGUGGAUGUCACUCACAAGAGUUACACUGCAAGUGUUCAUGUGCUUUUAAUGUAGUCUAAACGCCAAAAUUCAGUAACUCAGAAAUUCAGUCCACACAACUCAUGGUUGGGAGCUAUCUGUGAUUCGAGCCAGAGAAUUCUCAUGUUGUUCUGCCUUCAAGAAGCAUUUCACUAAUGAAAACUGCCUGGUCCAUAUGUGCAAGACAAAUCCCACAGCAACUGUAUUCUGUUCUAUUGUUCAUCAUCAGGUGUUCUCAUGCAUAUGCUUUUUGGAAUUGUAAGCAGAUUUGCAGGCAAGGGAGAAAAAUGUCAAAGUAACAGAUGAGGUUUAUUUGCCUGGCAUUUGCUCCAUUCUAGGUGAAAGCCAAGCAUAGAUUUUAAAACUUUGACCAUUAUUCUUUAUCCACUGCAUUUUAAAAAAAUUAAUAUAAUUUUAAUAUAGCAACAGCUCUUUAGUGUUUUGUUUGAUAACGUAUGCUGAUUUCCGUGCCUACUGUAUAAUGGUUAUCAGUUUUCUCAGGGGUACAAACUUGGAAAAUGAGCGUGACACUGACCAGCCCAAAUCAGAAUCAUGUCUUCUCUCUUUGGUAGGUUUUUCAAACUGUUCCAUUAUUUUUUAUGCUAGCUUCCCUAAUUAGGGUGCCCUAAUAUUUAAAACUUAAAUUUCCAAGACUAUGGAUACUGAGUUUUCAAAAAAAAUCAUUAUUGGCUCUUUUGUUUUUGUUGACACAGGUCAGUUUUAUAAUAUAUGAACAAAUUCAAUAUUAUUCAUAAACAUAUAAUUCCAGUGAUUUACUAUUUCAAAUGACUACUAAGCAAUAUCUGGCACCAUUAGCUCUCUGGAUAGUUCAGAUUGGCCUCGGUUCCUCCUGACAAGACCGUGCAUUGAGCCCCAUUGCCCAGGCAGUGACGAUCUUUGACACCUUCUGGCAGGUACCUCCUGCUCUGCUCCUGCAACCUUAGCAGUUCCUCCCGCUUAAAGGAUCAUCAGUCCAGACUAUUUGAUUCCGUCCUCAGACUUUUAAAUAUUAAAACUAAAAAAAUAAGGAUUCUUACAGGGACAGUUACUCGAGGGCUAUUUCAUGCAGGGCUUGGAGUCAGUGGGCCUACUUGUAUUAAAGGCGCAGAAGUUGCUCUGCUAACUCUAGCACAGCACCCUCUGCCCUCUGAUUUUCAGAAGUGAUGUCUAGAAUGAAUGUGGUUCUUGGAAAAGCAAAACUGAAAAACUAAAAAGCAUUAUCUUGCAUUUUCCCUGCCCUCAGGUUGUCUUUGUAUUUUGUCUUUUGAGAGUUAAGGCAAAAGUACUUUAAAAUUUGGAAGAUCUGAGUAAGUCAAGAUAUGCCCUUUUUAAAAUCAUCUGAGGUUCUGUAAUGUACUUACAAAUAAUGGAUCAGUUAUUUUUUUUUUCCAACAUAAUGUAUCAUUAUAAAAAGCAUAUUGUGGAAAAAAGGCACAAUAUGAGUGACAAGGGGCAAAAUCUAUUUAGGUACUCUGUUUAUGAACCCUGAUUUUAAUUGCUAGGAUUCAAUUAAAUCCCUGAGCUUCCUGAUAUAUAAACAUGUGGAAUGAAAUACAAUUAAUUAGGUAUACACAUAGUGUAGUAAAACUGCAUGAUAAUUUUCAACAAUGAAAAUUGUAUCCAACCAGAGCACCUCUGAACAGAUCACCCUGUCCUCAUUUCUCCUGUUGGGCUCCUUCCCUUUCCUUCCACCCAGACAGAGGCUAAGGCUACCUUCUCUCCCUGCAGAAGCUCGUCAUUAUCACACCCCUCCUGCCCACCACAAGGGCAGCAGUCCUAUACCUCAUCUCCUUAGGAUAAGUGUUGGCUAAGGUAGAAGUUUAUUGAUCUUAACCCCACUAUCGUGAGAUAAUAGGAAAAGGCCAGAAGAGAUUGUUUGAUCUCUGCCAUUAAUGCAUAUGCUUUUCAGCUGUGACCAUCUGGAUCCAGUGCCUCAGCCUAUAUAUAACGACUCAUUUGUUUGACUAAUGGUAAAUAUCACUGGAGCUCAAGUCCUUUCACUCCGUCCAAGUCUUCGCAGCUUUUUCUGUGUGAAAAUGGUUCAAAGUGCAGCUCACCUCUCCCCUGCCUCUCAAGAGAUCCGUCUGUACACUGGAUCACUGGAUUGGCUCUGUUUGUCUGGGCAGGCUCCUUCUAAUUUGCAAUGUGCUUAGAAGAAUGUGCUUUAGGUCUGAGGAUUUCCUUGUCUUUCCCCAUUGAAUUGAAGCUAGAUCUACUCUGUAGAUGGGAAGUGAUUACCUCCCCACCUCCGUCCCACCUGGGCCUGUGGGGACAGAGAGGGGAGGGGAGACGGGGCAGAAAAACACCCUCUGUCCCAGAUCCAGUUGCUGUGGCACUGGAGACCCUGGUAAAUGUGCCGUUUGUCAGUGCCGGGACCAGGCCUGGUUCUGUCCAGGUAGAUUAGCUCUUUCUGUAGACGGGCCAACUAAAGGCUGCUUAGAAGAGGAGGCCCGAAGUAUUCCCUCCAGCCCCUCCUGACUGGGAAAAUAAUUGAGAAACCCCUCUUUGCUGCCAGGGUUUCCAACUAAAACCCAAUCAUUGGUUGGAAAAUUCUAAAUGUCUGAACUAGAAGUAUAUUGCAUUAUGUCUUGAUGAGUGCUGUAUAAAGGACAUGUUUUCACAUUUCCUACAGGCCUGUUCACUUAUUAGCCAAUUUCAAAUCAAGCUUCCCUUGGGAGGAAUGGAGAUUCUGGUGGUCAUCGUGACUGCAUUUCUCUUGUGAGUGGCCAUCUUAAUUAAAAAAUAUUUAAUAUAAAAAUAUUCUUAGAAGACUUAGCUAGGCUUUUGACAUGAGCUAGACCUUGUACUUAUGUAUUGCAUGGAUUAACAUCCAUAUGUGAUUGAAGUUUCAGUGUGCUGAACCUGCAGAAGCCUGGGUUUGACCUUGUGACCCGAGUAUCUGGAUAGUUGAUGUUCAUGUGCUGAGGUGAGAGAGGUGCUUAGACACAGAGGCAGCCACUCACAGAAAAGUUUAAGGGAGGAGGUUUCAGCCUCCUUUUCCAUACCAGCAUUACUCUCCAGCUCACGAAUCUAAAGGAUUGCAUUUAAAUAUAUCUAGUCCAAUCGCACUCCUCGGGAAAAUGUGGUGAAAGUCACAUUCUUAAAUCUUCAUGCAGCUUGUAUUCUUGUUGGAAACUAGUCCUGUAACUUCUUGUCUUCAUACUGGUCAUAAUUAGAGAACAUUAUGGAAGUUCCCUGGGGGUCUAGUGGUUAGGACUUGGUGCUUUCACUACUGCAGCCUGGGGUCAGUCCCUGGUCUGGGAACUGUGAUCCCACAUCAAGCCACUGCACAGUGGGGCCAAAAAAAAAGCAAGAAUAUUAUAGUCCUUUCUGUAUUGAAUAAUGAGAUGUAGUUUAGUGAAGGAGGCUAGGGAACAUUUUCUUCCAAAAGGAAUUUGGAAUCAAUUUUAUGAUAUUUUGAAAUGAAAGUACUCCCUAACAUGUCAGUCUGCAAAAAAAUGUUAUCUCAAAAUUUUACUACUGCUGAGUCAUAUAAUCUGAGGAAAAAAAAAAAAAGUUUUUGUUUAAUUUUUACUGCUUUCUGCUUUGAACCUUGUUAAAAUUUGUGUAUUUUUUUAAUCAAAUGCCCUUUUUUCCUUAUUUUGAACGUAUGAAAUUGGGCAUCUCAAAUAUAGGGUCAUUAGCUAAUCACAAAGACUAGGCACGUAAUGACAGUUCAGUCAGUUUUUUAUUGACAGAGACCCAUCCCAGAAUGUGCAAAUUCAGCAGAGUUUUCCUAAAGGUCAGUAGAUGUCAAGAUCCAGCUUUGCAGAUCUGAGAUUCUUGGCUUGAAGAUUCAGAUCUACUCCAGAAGCGACUCCACAGUUUGAAAACCUGGGAAAGACUCAUGCAGAAAUAUCACAAAACGUCACCAGAUACCUUAUUCCAGCUUAAUUUUGAGUGUUCACAGUAUCUUAUUUGAUGGGUACACAAUGCGGGACAUGUUUGUGCCAACCAACAAGUGUUUCUAGCAAACCAACAAGGUGUGAGCUUAGCUGACUAGGACGAGCACUCAUUCUCUUGAUAAACUUUCUUCAAAGCA